ACAAAACAUUUGAAGAUACACAUUUUCAGUUAGUAAAAAAAAAAAUGUCAAAGGUUUUAAAUACAAAUUAAUUGAUUUAGAAUUAGAUUUUAGGAAAAUAACCUAUCAAUAAGUUUUAACAUGAAGACAAGAUUUUCAUCCAACCAAAAUUGUAUUUCAAUUAUUUGAAAUAAAUAUUGCAGAUAUGCCAGGGAGUGGCCCCAAACAUUUCCUCUGUUUCAACUGUCCACGGAGAGUAAAAUCAAAACACAGGUUCAGGAUUUCAGAUAAAUAUAGGACAGUGAUCACCACCCUCACAGGGAGGAGACCUUCUGAGCAUGAUUGUUUGUGCAAUAGAUGCCAGUGUAUGUGUUACUCCCGUAUUAAACAGAAGAAGAUUAAGCCGGUUAGGACACAGGUUCAAGACAGUCCAGCACCAUCAUCAGCAGUAGCAGCUAUUCUAAUUAGUCCUCCUUCUGUAUCACUCCCAUUCCCAUGUACAUCAAGAGGGCACGCUUCAUGCUGUAUCUGUAAGCGACCAGGUCCAAAGCUAGUUGUAGUACCCUUAGGAGUAAGACAUCAAAUCUUCAUUUCUAAAGAGGUUAUCAUUCCUGCCGGGGCUCGCUGCUGUCCAAAGCAUCUACAACAAGACAUAAAAGAACUUGAACCUAUUGCUGACAACACCAUGUUCAACAAAACAGGAGUGGCAAAAUUAAUCAAGUUUUUGAGAUCUGAAGUUUUGAAAAAAGAAAAAAUUAGGUUGGAUUUUGACAGCAGUGUAAGUCUAACGGACAGUGAGUACCAGAAUCUCCUAGGAAUCCCUAAAGCUGCGUUUGAGGACUUGCUGACAUAUGUUGAGGGAAAAGUCAAGGUAACUCCAGUGAGAACUGUCAGAACGAGUUUGGCCAUUUUCCUGAUGAAGCUCAGGGGUGGAAAAUCCAACUGUAUCCUCUCAACAUUGUUUAGGAUAUCCAAAUCCAGCAUUUACAGAGCAGUAAAGACAAUUCGCACAGCAUUAAUGAAUGGUGGAUUUGUCACUGGGAAUCUUGGUUUUGGCCAUGUGACAAGAGAGAAGAUAAUUCAAGAACACACUCGACCUUUAGCCCAAUCCAUAUUUGGUGAUGCAUUGUCCCAACAGGCAAUACUUGUCCUUGAUGGAACUUACAUUUAUAUCAAUAAAAGCGGAAAUUUUAAGUUUCAACGACAGUCUUUUAGCCUUCACAAAGGGAGACCACUUGUGAAGCCAAUGAUUAUUGUAUCGACGACAGGCUACUUCAUUUCUGUUUUGGGCCCCUACUUAGCUCGCAACAAUGACGCUACCAUUUUGAACCAUAUAAUGCGCAGCAAUAUCGAGGACAUACGGAGCUGGGUCAACGAGAAUGAUAUCUUUGUGGUUGACCGUGGAUUUAGGGAUUCUUUGGAUUACCUCCAAGAGAUGGGAAUUUGUGCCAAAAUGCCUACAUUCUUAAGAAAAGGAGAAAAGCAAAUGUCAACUGAAAAUGCUAACACCAGUCGAUUAGUGAGUAAGAUUCGAUGGGUUGUGGAGUCAGCAAAUGCUAGGAUUAAACAAUGGCGGUAUUUAGGGCACAUCCUACCAUCAAGUCAAAUACCUUACAUCGGUGAUUUUGUGAGGAUUGCAUGUGCCAUAUGCAACAGGUACUUAAAACCACUUGUCUGUGGUGACACCGAGGAGGACCAAGCCCUGGGAGCUAAAAUGGUGUACCUCUCCAAGCAAGUGAAUUCUCUCCAGCACCAUGUGGAAGAAAACAAGCUUGAUCGGCGUACAGUUUGCUGGAGGGAAGUAGAUGACCUGACUGACUUCCCCUGCCUGGAUGAGGAACAGCUCCGACUUCUCACUUGUGGUACCUAUCAGUUGCGUCUAUCACCGUCAUACGCUCAGGAGCAUGUUGAGGGGGACUGCAACAUCCAAGUUCACAGGGAGGAUCCAGGUCUUCUACGCAUAAAGCUACAAAGCAGGCAUGUCUCAUCAAGGACCUACUUAUUGUGGAUACAGUACGAUAUAGGUGAAAUAAAAGCUUGGUACUGUAAGUGCAGAGCUGGUGCACGUGUUGUAGGGAUGUGUUCUCAUGUCGCUGCUAUCCUGUGGUAUCUAGGGUAUGCUCGCCAUCACAGGGAAGAAAGAAUGGGUGUUCGAGACUGGGGGGAGUUUGUCGAUGAUGCCACACUAAUUGAUGAUUCUGAUAGUUCCAGCAACAGUGAUGAAAGUGGACCAGAGGAGUAACAUUUUCAAUUUAAGUAUUGUAUGUAAUACUGUAUAUGUAUUAUCUGUACCAAUGCAUUUGUAUAAUUCACAUGAUUUAAACUCAAGUAGUUCUUCAGUAAUUAAAAAUUAUGUUUGUUAAUUACAAAUACAUCAACUCAUAGCAUGCACACAAUGAUUUUUAACAUGUAGUUUUAUUCCUAGAAAUCUGUAGAAUAUGGAAACUUGUGCUAGACAAUAGAUUUAUAACCUUUCUUUACCAGUGAUGCAUUUGUUGACAAUGAACAGGGUAUUUGAUUUUAGCAGAAUAAAUACUUAUUAUAUACUACUACUAUUAUUAUUAUGAUACUUAACUGGUACAUGAACAAACAUGAUUUCUAAGUGUUAUUUUCUGUAUAGAUCUACAUGGUACUUCUAUUGUUGGGAAGAUUCAUCUAAAUAUUAUGUAACAGGAAAAUAUAUUUUAUAAAAGCAACACCUGUAAAUACAGUAAUAUGUGUUUUAACAGUGUUUUGUCUGUCUUAAUGUUCACUUGUAAGUUGUACAUAUGUAUUACUCUUGAUUUUGAGUCAAUCCUGCGGACACUUUGAUUGUUUAUUAUUCAAACUGUUAUGAAAAUAUACCAAUUUAGAUUAUUUCUCAUUCUGUAGCAUUUACAAGCAUGUAUAUACACAUGUAAAAUGCAAUAUAUUAUAAUCCAAACAUUUAAAAACUACAUAGAUUUAGGAUGUCAAAGAUGUAUAUAUAUUCUAUUUCAAAUAUGUAUCUAAAUCUAAUUUUGUGAAAUUGAUUUUAAAAAAAAUCUAUAUUAAUGAUUUUUAGACCACAUAAUUUACGUUCUGUCAGUCAAAAAUGUACAGUAUUGCAUAAACAUAUAAAAAUGUUGAUUAAAAUACGUCAGUAUCUUUAGAUGAUUAAUACGUAUAGGAAUAUACAAUUAUUGAUAAAGAUAUAUACAGUAAGAUUUUGUACAGUAUCAUUUUUCAUAUCGUAUUUCAGAAUCAAAUAAUAAUAUACUCAUUUUGACCCCCUA